AUGUGGCCGAAAUUUGCAUUUCUUGGACUUGUGAUCAUCCGGUUAAUGGUGUCUGCAAAUCCGGAUGCAAAGAGGCUGUACGACGAUCUCUUGUCUAGUUACAACAAGCUCGUCAGACCCGUGGUGAACACCAGUGAUGUUCUUCGUGUAUCUAUAAAGCUGAAACUGUCGCAGCUUAUUGAUGUG